AUGGAAGAAGAUAGCAUAGAAGAACUAGGAAUUGCUAACGUCCGGAAAUCAUUCAUUUGGAGCUCAAGGUUCUUAAAAUGCAUGGGAAUUUGGCCAUUGAAGAACUACGUUCCGAUAUUUCUCUUCUUCUUCAUAUAUCUUUCCCUUCAUUGUUCUCUAACGUUAGCACAAUUAUUUUGGGCUCCAAAAACUAUGGAGAACGUCGUAUCGAACAUCGCAGAGAAUAUUGCUCUAACGAUGACACUUACGAAAAUAACAAUCGCUAGAAUGAAUAGAGAAGCAUUGCGUAAAUUAUUCACGGAAAUCGAGGAGUAUUCAUUGACUCAAAAAUACGAAACUAAAAAGGAGAAAUUGACAUUUUUGAAUUAUACUAAAUUACCUCCAUAUUUUAUUAUAAUUAUUGCCUCUUCGAUGGCGCUGGUCGAAAUAUUAUAUUAUACAAGUCGACUUAUCGAAGGAAUUCAAAUUGCAAAAGAAAACAAUUCUAUGGGUUAUAAGUUGCCGUACAGAACAUUAGAAAUCAUGGAUUUGAGAGACAGCAGGAUUUACGCUUUGAUUUGUGCUUAUCAAAUAAUAUUCGUACCUUGUAUCGUAUUAGGUUACGUAGGAUUCGAUUGCAUGUUCGUCAAUUUGUCCAUUCAAGUAAUUGCACAGUUCGCUAUUUUGUCCUAUAAGGUGAAGACAGUAUUAAAUAGUUCUGAAAAUUAUCAUGAGGGUAUGAAGGAACUUGUACUACGACAUUAUCGAUUGAUAAGAUUAACGGAAAAAUUGGAACAUAACUUCAAUUUCCCGAUCAUGCAGCAAUUAUUGGGUACUACCAUUCAUAUUUGUAUUUCCGGUUACUACGUACUGAUGGGUAAAGAAACGAAAGAUAAUUUAAAAUCGUUCCUGUUCAUUGUGUACGUCUGUUCCGUAACAUGCACACUUUUUAUUUACUGUUUCAUCGGCGAAUGUUUUAUUCAGGAAGUAAAUAAAACUUCACUAAUUUCUUGUACAAUUGAAAUAACAAUUAAUUUCAUUCGUUUUAUUCACUUAGAGUACCAAUUUUGGUAA